AGCUUAAUUUUUAUUCGUCAAUGGCCGCAAUAACAUCUCUCUCGCACCGUACCUUAUUCAACACCAAAAACUCUAACCUCUACUCCCUCACUCUCCUCGCCGUUCUCUGCAUCACUUUUUACUUUAUUGGAAUAUGGCAACAGUCUUUAGGCUCCAUCCCCAAGUCUUCCUCCUCUGCCGCCGCCGGCAUCCUCUCCUCCGACCCUUGCUAUUCCUUUCCCACCGCCCAACUCGACUUCACAUCCCACCACCUCCCUCCCGAUCCACCUCCCACCGCGGCGAUGCCUGCCCCCCAAUUCCCUCCUUGUGAUCCUUCCUUCUCUGAAUACACCCCAUGCGAGGACGCUCGAAGAUCACUCAAGUUCGACAGGGACAUGCUCAUUUACAGACAGAGGCACUGUCCCGAAAAGGACGAACUUUUAAAGUGUCGGAUACCGGCUCCCUACGGUUACAAGGUUCCUUUUAGAUGGCCUAAGAGUAGAGAGCUUGCAUGGUUCGAUAACGCGCCGCACAAAGAGUUGGCCGUCGAGAAAAAGAACCAGAAUUGGAUUAAGGUCGAGGGGGAGCUGCUCAGGUUCCCCGGCGGCGGGACCAUGUUCCCACGUGGAGCCGAAGCGUAUAUUGAUGAUAUUGACAAGUUGAUCAAUCUCAAAGAUGGCUCUAUAAGGACCGCCAUUGACACUGGUUGCGGGGUUGCAAGUUGGGGAGCAUACCUAUUAUCGAGGAACAUCCUAGCAGUGUCAUUUGCACCAAGAGAUACCCAUGUUUCUCAAGUCCAAUUUGCUCUUGAACGAGGUGUCCCUGCACUCAUAGGAGUCAUUGCCUCCAUUAGACUCCCUUACCCUUCAAGAGCUUUCGAUAUGGCCCAUUGCUCCCGUUGCCUCAUCCCUUGGGGUACCUACGAUGGGAUUUAUUUGAUCGAGGUUGAUAGAAUCCUACGUCCCGGUGGGUAUUGGAUUCUGUCGGGACCGCCGAUCAACUGGCAAAAUCAUUGGAGAGGUUGGAAUCGAACGACUGAUGAUCUUGAACAAGAACAGUCUCGAAUCGAGACCGUGGCUAAAACCCUGUGCUGGAAAAAGAUUGUACAAAAAGGUGAUCUUGCCAUUUGGCAAAAACCCACCAAUCAUAUCCAUUGCAAAGCUAACAGAAUGGUCUUCAAGCAGCCUAUGUUUUGCCACUCUCAAAACCCUGACAUGGCAUGGUACACAAAAUUGGAGAAAUGUCUAACCCCAUUGCCUGAAGUAUCUAAUAUAAAGGAAGUUGCAGGUGGGGCAUUACAAAAAUGGCCGGAGAGGCUGAAUGCAAUCCCUCCAAGAAUCAGCAGCGGAAGCUUAACAGGGAUCACAGAAAACAUGUUUGUAGAGAACACAGAGCUAUGGAAGAAGAGAGUAGAAUAUUACAAGAAAAUAGAUUAUCAACUAGCCGAGACAGGGAGGUACCGCAACUUGUUAGACAUGAACGCUUAUUUGGGAGGCUUUGCAGCUUCUCUCGUCAAUGAUCCUCUAUGGGUCAUGAACACCGUCCCCGUCGAGGCGGAUCAGAUCAACACCCUCGGAGUCAUCUACGAACGUGGAUUGAUCGGAACAUAUCAAAAUUGGUGUGAGGCAAUGUCUACUUAUCCUAGGACUUACGACUUUAUCCAUGCUGAUUCCAUUUUCAGCCUCUACAAAGACAGAUGCGAAACGGAGGAUAUCCUUCUGGAAAUGGAUAGAAUUUUACGACCAGAAGGCAGGUUAAUCAUUAGGGACGAUGUCGAUUUGCUGUUGAAAGUAAAGAAAAUUACAGAUGGUAUGCAAUGGGAGGGAAGAAUUGUAGACCAUGAAAAAGGACCCCAUGAAAGAGAGAAGAUUCUUUUUGCAGUUAAGCAAUAUUGGACUGCACCACCACCAUUGACACCUGAACAAGACCAAUAGGGAAUUAGAACGGCUUUCUAGCUCUUGUAAAAGAAAAGGGAA